AUGACAUUGUUUGUAGACAACCAAUCAACACUUGAUCUGAUGAAAAACCCUGUAUUUCAUGGUAGGAGCAAACAUAUUGACAUCCGGUAUCAUUUUAUCAGAGAGUGUGUUGAAAAUGGAGAAAUUAUUGUUACUCAUGUGUGUGGGAAGAGCCAGAAAGCAGACAUUCUCACAAAGUCCCUAGCAAGAGUGAAGCAUGAAGAGAUGAGGGACUUAAUUGGAGUGAAGAAGCUAGUAAAGUUAGUUCCUGUUUUUCAGCUUUGCUUUAGUAUAAGUAGAGAGGCAAAUCUUUUAAUGCUGUUUUUCCAGAUUUGCCCUUCCCUGUUUUUUAUCAAAUCUGUCCCCUAUGCAGUUUCUCUUUUGCUGGGUUUUACAUCCCAUUUUGGUGAUAAAAGACUCUAUUACCCCUGCUAUAUACCAACAAACUAUUCAUGUUCAAAACCGGAUAUCCAACCUGUCCACUUUGUCAACCAAAGUGAACUCACCGAACAUCCUUAUGAUGUUUUGUUUGUUGCUACAGAAAAGGAAAACACUCAGACUUCUGAUUGA